GUGCUAAAUGUGUCUUCGACUUUCCUUUUGAGAAACAGGAUAGCCAUUUAAUUUUAUUUAUUAGUAUACGCGUCUCACAGAGGCGCGCGGUGCGUAGGCACAAAUACGAGUAGGUGCUAGGUACGUUCGGCCAGUUUUUGGUUUGCUGCUUUGGUCAAUCGGUUCUUAUUUAAAUAGGUUCGGUAGCGAGUUGCCGGCAGUGACAGACUGACAGUGAGACUGCCGUCAUGUGGCUGAUACAGUGUGUAGUGCCGGUCGUUGCCGUCUUCGUGAUACACGCGCACAGCGUAAGUGGCGGCUGUGCGGUCCGCGUGCGGUUGCAGGCGGGCUGGGCGUGCGGCGUGCGGCGCGACACUGACAGCGGCGAAGCCUUCGCCAGCUUCCUCGGAGUGCCCUACGCGCAGCAGCCUCUUGGGGACAGGAGGUUUAGUGAACUGGAGCCCGUGAGGCCGUGGCACCACGUGUACAACGCGACGGCGGAGAGGGCUCGGUGCCCGCAGCACGACGUGUUCUACGGCAGCCUGCUGGGCCCCGGCGAUGUCAGCGAGGCCUGCAUCUACGCCAACAUACACGUGCCGCUCGAUGCGCUCCCCACGCACAACACCACGAGCAGGCGAGCGCGAGAGGUUCCAUCGCCGUUCAAGACGGGCUACGCCGACCGGGCGGAGGCGCGGCCGGCGCUGCCCGUGCUGGUGUUCAUCCACGGCGGCGGCUUCGCCUUCGGCUCGUACGGGACAGCGCUGCACGGGGCGGAGUACCUGAUGCGCAGGCGCGUCAUCGUCAUCACGUUUAAUUACAGGCUGAACGUGUUCGGCUUCUUAUCGCUCAACUCUGCAAGCAUUCCCGGAAACAACGGCCUGCGCGACGCGGUCACGCUGCUCAAGUGGGUGCGCGCCAACGCCAAGUCCUUCGGCGGAGACCCGGAUGACGUCACGCUGGCGGGGCAGAGCGCCGGGGCUAGCAUGGCGCACCUGCUCUCUAUGUCUACCGCUGCUGAAGGCCUAUUCAAAAGGGUGAUACUAAUGAGCGGUAUCGGCGUGAGCAGCUUCUUCACCACUUCACCGCUGUACGCAGAGUUUGUGGCCAACCUGUUCCUCUCCAACCUCGGCCUCAACGCGACGGACCCGGAGCACACUCACCGACAGCUGGUCAAGUUGCCGCUGCGGGACAUCAUGGAAGCGAAUCGGCAAGUGCAGGACCUGCUCGGCAUCACGGCCUUCAUGCCAGUGGUCGAAUCACCGCACGCAGGCUUCACCAGAAUAUUAGACGACGACCCGGAGGUGCUGCUGGCCAAAGGCCGCGGGAAACAUUUGCCGCUCAUCAUAGGAUACACGGACAGAGAGUGCGAAUCUUUCAGACCGAACUUCGAAAAAAUCGACAUACUGAACCGCAUUAAGGAGAAUCCAACCUUAAUUCUGUCUCCCAGUCUUAUCUUCAAAGUUCCUCCGAAGAUCGCGUUGGAUAUGGCUAAAAGAUCGAUAAAGAGGUACUUCGACGACGAGCCUAGUAUGGAUAAAUACAUAAAAAGCUGCUCCGAUACGUUUUACGUGUAUCCAGCAUUCAAAUUGGCGGAUAAGAGAGCGUCACAAGACAGCGCUGCGGUGUUCCUGUACCAGUACUCGUACACGGCAGACUUCAGCGCGGUGCAGUACUCCAAAGGGAUGCAUUUCGAGGGUGCGGGGCACGUGGAGGAUAUGACUUUCGUCUUCAGGCCCAACUCCAUGGAGGGAGCGAAAGGUUUCUCACCGGCUACACACAAUGACCAACUCAUGUCGGAAUGGAUGACCGAGUUCGUCAGUAACUUCAUGCGUUGCAACGACCCUACAUGCAACCAGUAUGCGAUAUCAAAAUGGCCAGCAACGGAGAAGGACUUAGUACCACUAAAACACCAAGACAUCCGAAUGCCCAGGAGCUAUCAAUUCACUGAUAUCCCGAAGGAGCAACAAGAGACCAUGCAGUUCUUCGACAGUUUAGAAAACCAGACAGAUUGAGAGGCUUUUACCAGACAUGCGUUAAGGGUAAUGUUUUUGAGCGAAUGUAUGUAUGUCUUGAACUGUGUCAUGUAAACCGUUUGACGGCUUCCAACACAUGAGGUGCCAUUGGGUUCGUUUCAAUAGUGAGAGUUACAUGAGGGAUCAUUUCCUGAAUUCGGUUCAGGGGUCGGUCCUUUGGUUUAAAAAUUAAUUUCAUUUCUUUUUAAAUUUAGUUUCAUAAAACGGAAGACUGAUAUUUCAAUCGUGAGGAAUAAUUUUGACACAUUUAACACACACGUCGAAUUAAUUACUAGAACAGGCUGUGAGAUAUAGAGUAUGCAUAUACGAUCACCACAUUCUGUUUACAGUUUUGAACUCAGGUGUCUCUAUUGGCAACAUGCAGAUUACGAUUCUCCAUGUUACCAAUAGAGAAGGUUGGUGGUCCAUUAUAUUGUAUAUCCCCUUUUGUGUCGAGGGUAUAGACUGGACAAAUGCUUUGUAUCAGUUUUAUUGCUUAUUUCAUUAAGAAUAUCCAAUUUUUGUUAUAAAAUAGUUAAAGUUGAGUUCAAAACCGUAAACAAAAUGCGGUCCUCGAAUUAUGUACACUCAAUACCUCACAGCGCCUGGUCUAUAUAUAUGUAUAUGUCCCUGUUGAUAGGUCUGCUCACAAUCUUCAGCGGUUACAUUGUGUCAGAUGUGUCAAAAACUGAUUAAGCUGUGUCAGAAGCCAAAAUUUUGUGAUUGUGUGAUUAUUUAUUUUAGUUAAGAUUUCUAUCUUAUAAACGUCUACCGUCCACAGUAAUUUAGUUUGUGGUAACUACUGUGUCUUGCUAACAGCCACUCAUGAAUUUAUCUAGAAUAGUUACGUUUGUAGCUGGAUUAUGUCGGAAAUUCUUUGCAUUAUGAUAGAAAAGCACCAAUAUCAGUAAGCGUUCAUUUUGGAUAAUAAUCGGAUCUUCAUCAUAAACUAGGAAACAUCACGAUUACGUCAACUUUCAAACAAUAAAACCGCAUCAUAAUCGUUCCAUUCGUUUAGAAAUAGCCUUCAUCUAGAUAACGUGCUAUUCCCGAAGGAUAAAUAACCUAGAAAAAAAAACAUAAGUAGUUAGCUCAUUUACUUACUGUUUCAUAGUGUAUUAUUAUAUGGUUUAAUUAUAUUUUUUAGUUCAGCAUAAUUUAAUAGUAAGAUAUUUACUAGGUAUAUAAUAUUAUAUUAUAAAUUUUUAUAUGUAAAAUAGAUCUAUAUUGUAGUUUUUAAGUAAUUAUUGUCUAGGUUCUAGGAUAUAUCUCUAUUUUUUUUCGAUAUAAUCAAAUAGUUUCUCUUUUGCACAAUAUUUAUUUCUUUUGGUUGUGCAAAAUAUUUAGUAGCAUCUUUGUGAUACAGAUGAAAUAAGAAAAUAAUAUCACUAUGCUUAUACCUGGUGCAGGAACCACUGUUUAGUGGAUGAAUGGUGGAUGCUAAUAUGACAGUCAAGAGUACAACUCGACUAAACGCCUAUGCCUCAAGUUGAUGACAACGGUCGUGUUCCUAUAGCAGGGUCGUUAUCAACUGAGGCGUCGGGACAUCUAUCGAGGACCACUCGGUUGAUAAUUGCUGUUCUAUAACGACUGAGUCCUGCGAAGCUAUUUUCUGUUAUAGGCAACAGCUUUCUACUAAUAUAUUUAUCAGUGAGUGACAAAAUUAAAAAACUAGUUAUGAUUUUUAAACUCUCGUUUAAAAACAAUAACUGCUUGGGCACUGAUAAUUCAGGCUUCUGAUUUCAUCCACAACGAAAUUAAUAAAAAAAAUUCAACCGACUUCCAACUCAAAAAAUAACUUUAACUAAAAAGCAAAAAAUAACUUCCUACCUAUGUGCUACCUUCUGAUCAAUUUGAAGGCGGUGCCAAGCCAGUGAUGUUUUAAUUAAAUACGUUUAAACUACAAAAUUUCUGUGGUUAUUCCAGAAACAGCUUUAAUUAAAACACGACACUGGCUUGGCACCGGUUGAAUUUUUUUUAUUAAAAUUUUUAUUUUUUUAUUUUUAGUGUUAGCAUACCCACUGCGUGUGUACAGUCACAACCUAUCUAAGUGGAAAGUUCUUAUCAAUACAAAAUUAUCAAGUCCAAACACAAGAUAGCUACUGUGAGCCGUCGAGGAGUUCUCUUCACUGUGCUUCGUCUUCAUCACCAGACCCUUAAUACAGUCGCAAUCCAUCUAGGUGGAAAGUUCUCAUCAAUACAAAUUUAUCAAGUCCAAACACAAGGUAGCUACUGUGAACCGUCGAGGAGUUCUCUUCACUGUACCUCGUCUUCAUCAUCAGACCCUUAAUACAGUCACUAUCUAUCUAGGUAGAAAGUUCUCAUCAAUACAAAUUUAUCAAGUCCAAACACAAGGUAGCUACUGUGAACCGUCGAGGAGUUCUCUUCACUGUCCCUCGUCUUCAUCACCAGACCCUUAAUACAGUCACAAUCCUUCUAGGUGGAAAGUUCUCAUCAAUACAAAUUAAUCAAGCCCAAACAAAAGGUGACUGCUGUAAAUUCUUGACGAGUUCCAUCGUCUGUGUUUCGGCUCCAUCAUCAGACCAACUCCAAACCUUCAUAAAGUUGUAGUGGUUUAAAAUACCUUAUGGAAACAUUAACAAACGUACUAGCCGUCUCUACAACUUUCGAAAGUUCCUCUCAAUUUCUCCAGGAUGCCAUCAUCAGAUCCUGACAUGAAAAAAAUGGGACCACCCUGGAAGUAAACCCUACAAAACAAAAAAAGAAUUUUCAAAAUCGGUCCAUAAUUGACGGAAUUAUCGCUGGACAUACAUAAAAAAAAAAAAAAAAAAAAAAAACAUACAUACAGCCGAACGUAGAACCUCCUCCUUUUUGGAAGUCGGUUAAUUAUAAAGCUCGAAAAUUGCUUGAAUUGUUUCGAGCAAAUAAUGGUAAGUCGAGCAAAGGAGCGGCCGUGCCGCUUUUUUGAUCGACUUAGCGUAGCUAGUAGAUAGCUUUAGAAAAAUCUUCUUUUUAAGAAUCAAUCGCUAGAUGAUUGUUGUUACUGUGGACGAGAUGACAAACUCAAUGUAUUACUAAUUUAUAAGAACUAUAAACUAUGGAUAAUAUUGCUUAGGUGUAAGUUUUUUAUUUAACGUUUCUGCAACUAUUUUGUACAUACGUUUUUUGAUAAAUAAAUUAAUUUUAUGAAAA